AUGGCGGCAGCUCCCGCUCCCGGAUCGCUCGGACGUCACCCGGGCGAUCCGGAAAACGAUACCGACGGUGACCACCUCUCGGGCACAUCCAGCGCGACCGAGACGGCGCCGCUUCUGCAGCACCGCCGGGAGGGCAUUGACUAUGACGGCCGCCGCGGGACGAGCUCGCUCGGCAGCACGCUGACUAAUGGCUCGACGACGCCGACGACUCAGACGACACUGCAACCCAGCUCCCGGGACGGCGCCGAUGCGGAGGGCGCCGGCGAUGGGGAUGCUGACGGUGAUCAGCCGGCAGCAUCCAUCGCGCCGGGUCGGGCGUUUGCGCUGAUCAUGAGCAUGUGGGUCCUUAUCUUCCUCCAGGCCAGCAACACGUCGGGCAUGACCAUGGCCCAGUCGGCCGUCGCCACCGAGCUGGACGCGUACGAGUCCGCCAUGUGGUUCACGUCGUCUUACCUCAUGGCCAUGUCGUCCCUGGCCCCCUUGGUCGGCAAGCUGGCUGCCGUCUUCUCCCCGGCCACCAUGAUUGUCGUCGCGUCCUGCGCCUUUGCCCUGGGCGCCUUUGUGUGCUCUCAGGCAACGACACUUGCAGUCUUCAUAGCCGGCAGGGUCCUGCUGGGGGCUGGUGGCGCCGGGGUCAUGACCCUCUCGUUGAUAUUGAUUAUUCAGUACACCAGCAAGAAGCGCAGGGGAUUGUUCAUUGGCCUCGUCAAUGCCGGCUUUACCGUUGGCUUGUCGAGUGGUGCCAUUGUCUUUGGUGCGCUUCUGUCAGUGGUCGGUUGGAGAGCUCUCUUCUACCUCCAGGUUCCCCUGGGACUCCUGGGUGGCUUGGGUGUUUGGUUGAGCUUGCCGCGGGCCGCCAGUCAUGACGUAUCGAAACCAUUUGGUCAGCAAAAGACAACCUGGCAGAAGCUGGCCGGAAUCGACUACCUCGGCGCUGCCACCAUGAUCACCACCCUGGUGCUCUUCCUCUACGGCCUAUCCGCUCCGACGGUCCAGUGGAUGCCCAUCGUCCUCUCGGCCGUCUCCCUGGGGCUCUUCCUCGUCGUCGAGCACCACGUCGCCUCGGAUCCCAUCAUCAUGCUCGAGGUCUUGCGCAGCCGCGGCAUUUUGCUAUCCUGCUUCGCCCAGCUUGGCUUCAUGGCAGCCCGCUGGACCGUGCUUUUUUACGCUCCGAUCUUCGUCCUCGCCGUCCGCGGCCUUUCCCCCGCUGUCGCAGGCGCCACCCUCGUUCCCACCAACAUCGGCUUCGGCUCGGGUGGUCUGCUGGUCGGCUGGCUGCACAUCCGCCGAGGCGGCUCCUUCUGGCUGCCGUGCAUCGUGGCCCUCUCGCUGUUCGGCUUGGCCCUACUGGGCAUCAGCUUCACCAGCAACGCCGCGACCCCGGCCUGGCUGUACAUCCUUAGCAUCUUUGCCAACGGCCUCUGCACCGGAGCAGCCCUCAACUACACCCUCGCCCACACCCUCCACCACGCCCGCCCCGGUGAGACCCAGUACGUCGCCGCCAGCCUGCUCGCCACCUUUCGUGGCUUCGCCGGCAGCUUUGGCACCUCCAUCGGCGGUGGCAUUUUUGGCCGCACACUCAAAGCGCAGCUCGCCGAGGGCUUUCGUCGGCUAGACGGCAGCGGCGACUCGCUGAGCCCCGGAAGGGAGAAGCUCAUCAGCAAGCUAAUCGGCAGCCCUGCGCUCGUAUUUGGCGGCGACCUUUCGCCCGCGGAAAAGGUCGUCGCUGUUCAGGGGUAUGAAGUCUCCCUGCGGGUCUUGUACCAGCUCGCGGCCGCCCUCACAGUCUUGGUAGUGUUGACCCAGGCCGGCACGGGGUGGACGGCGCCGGCGAGUCGGUUGGAGGAGGAGGAGACGAGGGAGAGGUUCAGACAGGCGGAUGCUAACAUGGAAGCUUGA